AUGUUCAACUCAUUACAGGGCAAACGUCCACAGAGCCAGCAGCCUCAAAGUAACAGCCCUUUGUUUCAACAGCAGGUCCGCAACCUCGACACUCGAGUCGCUUCGAAGCCUGCUCCUCGAAGUCAAAUCGAAGCCAUGCCGCCAAACCAGACCUCGACGAUCGCACCGACACCGGACACAAAGGACCGUUCUUCGUCGCCAGCUUCAAAGCUUGCUGCGGCUUCCGCCACGAUCAAAUGGCAACCACCAUCGUUUGGAUCAUCGAACAGUAGAGGCCCGCAGAUAGGACCGAUAGACCAUGUCUUCAAGAACUCCAGAAGUCCAAAGCUGUAA